AUGGCGCAGUAUCAACAGUCUCUUGAUGCCAAAGCUACCAUCGCAGUAGCCGGCGCGACUGGCGACCUUGGAACUCGUUUGAUUCAUGGAUUCCUCGAUGUCGACCUGCGCGGUGGCUCUGCUGGAUUAAUCGCAUUGGUCCGUAAGGAGUCCGAUAAGACUCAGGAGUGGGAGAAGCAAGGAGUCGAGGUGCGCACCAUCGAUGGGUCGAGUAGCCAGCAAGAUCUUGUCGGAGCCCUGGAUGGGGUCGACGUGCUCGUCAAUGCUUUGCCAACCUCAGGUGCAGCCCUUCGCGAUAACAUCGCCAGAGCCCUGCCCAAAACCGCUCUAAAGGUGUACUUCCCAAGCGAGUUCGGUGUCGACCACCGACUGCAUGACUUUAACAUCCCAGAGUGGGAUGGCAAGAGAGCUCACUAUGAUCUCGUCCAGAAGACGUUACGCGAGAACAACAACUUCGGCAUCAUCGUCUGUCGGCUUUUUGUCGGACUGUUCUUACACAGUGGCAUCUCGGCGGCAUAUGGCUUCGACACGGCGAAAAGCGUCUACGAAGCUGUUGGUAGUCUUGAUCAGAUCAUGAAUUACACUGACACCAGCGAUGUCGCCAAAGUCGUUGUGGAUCUAAGUACUAGGGUUGUACGUGGCAUGAAGAUUCCUCAGGAUCUCAGGAUUGCUGGAACACAUGCUAGUUUCCGAGACAUCGCGAGCAUCAUGGGCAAGGCGGGGGCUGAGAAUGUUGAGUUGAGAAGUGUCGACCUGCAAGAGUUCCGAGAGAGGGCGCUGGCCAGAAAGUACGAAGACAGAGAUGCAGUUGAGUGCUUGCGGUUCAUCAUGGGAGACGGCAGGGACGACUACCGCGAUGUGAAGGAAGGUGGCCUCGGCAAUGACAAUGUUAUGGUCAAUGGUGAUGAGCGCGUCUUCAAGUGGAAGACUUUGGAGGAUUUAGCUGUCGAAAGCCAAGGUAGGCCAAAUGCUGACCCUUAA